UUAUCCAGAUCCUUCCCUAUCUUUAUUGCAACCAACCAAAUGGCGAACCCAUUCUGGUGUGCUGGAUUCUUUACAAGCUGCUCCUCGUUUUUUGUCCGAUCUGGCUCUUGACAGGUAGCGUUUUUGUAUACUUGGCAUAUGAACCAAACUAUGACUUUCGCCUUUCUGCUGACUACUGUGAGAGGACCGUCUACAAGUUUGCAUUCUGGAUUACAAACGCUAUAUACAUUGCCAUUCUGAUGGCACUGCUCGGAGUCUGUUGCAGCCGGCUCUAUAAAUUAUGUAACAAAAGAGCACAAAAGAAUUGUGUCAUAAGGACAGUUUCCUGAAAAUGUUGUGAAUGAAGUGAAAGGCUUUUGGAUAAUGCACCAGCACGGUGUUUUUACUUUUGUAAUCAAAGAUGGUGUAAAUAUUUCAUGUAAAUGUUUAAAUGGUCAUAUGUAUGUAUUUUAAAAUACUUUACAGAGAGAGUGGGACAGAGCGAUAAUAAAGAAUAUACAUUGGUGGUUGAAAGUUUGUGAACCCUUUAGAAUUGUCUACAUUUCUGCAUAAAUAUGACUUCAAAUAUCAUCAGAUGUUCCCUAAAAUAGGGAGCCCUAAAAGUAGAUAAAGAGAACCCAGUUAAACAAAUGAGAAAAAAUAUUUCACAUGGUCAUUUAUUUAUUGAGGAAAAUGGUCCAAUAUUGCAUAUCUGUGAGUGGCAAAAGUAUGUGAACAUUUGCUUUCAGUAUCUGGUGUGACCCUCUUGUGCAGCAGUAACUGCACACUGAACAAUUCUGGUAACUGUUGAUUGGCUUGGAGGAAUUUUAGCCCAUUCCUCAGUACAGAAAACAUUUAACCAUGGGAUGUUGGUGGGAUUUCUCACAUGAAAAAACUGCUUGCUUCCGGUCUUUUCACAAUAUUUCAAUUGCAUUAAGGUCAGCACUUUGACUUGGCCAUUCCAAAACAUUAACUUUAUUCUUCUUUAAUCAUUGUUUGGUAGAAUGACUUGUAUGCUUGGGGUUGUUGACUUGCUGCAUGACCCACUUUCUCUUGAAAUUCAGUUCAUGGACAGAUGUGAUUAAAAAAAAGGUGUUGUGAAGAUCAGACUUUGAUAGAUCCCUGUUCUUUAAAUAAAACAGGGUGCUGAUUCACACCUGAUUGUCAUCCCAUUUAUUGAAAACAUCUGACUCUAAUUUCACCUUCAAGUUAACGGCUAAUCCUAGACGUUCAAACAUUUGUUUAAUUGAGUUCUCUUUGUCUGCUUUUAGGACUUGUGUGAAAAUGACAUUUUAGGUCAUAUUUAUGUAGAUACAUUUAUGUAGAAAAUUCUAAAGGGUUCACAAACUUUCCAGAACCACUGUAGUGCUACAGUGCAUACAACUACUGUACUUCAUGUAAUUAAACGAAGAGAUUUAAAAUGUUUACGCUCAUUUUGUACUAGGUCUACUGUAGGACUUAUGGUCUCAAGAUGAUAUAUGGUGUUUAAUGUGUAAUUACUCAGAACCUGACUGUUGUACUUUAAGUUCAGGAAAAUGAAGUAUCUAUUCAGCACUUAAUCAUCAUCGGAUUUAUUUCUAUCACUUGCAAGUCAUUUGAUAUUAUGGGUUACUCUGGUGCACUCUGGUUUAACACUGUGUUGUACUUUAUUUUGUAGGUUUGUGGUGCUAUUUGUUCCUAAAUGCAAGUCAUCUCUAUUGCAAUUCAGCAGCACAAAGGACAGAUUAUAGUCAGGGUGUGAUAUCAGAUACUAUAUUGAAGGGAAGUAUAAUUUGAAGGUCAGUAACAUGUUCUAUGAUAUAUUUUGUAAACAUAAUAUGUUGGUAUUGAUAAAAAAUUUUUUAUGUGCAACUAAAAAUAUAUAAAGACUAAUAAAGACUUCAUCAAUAAAGAACUAACAGCUAUCAUAAAAGCUAAAUAUUUAACAGGGGUAUUGUGUAUAAACUACACUAUCCUCUUGGCUCCAGAAAAUGAUUAGAAAUAUUCUGUUAUGUUGUAAAGACAGGUUGCCCAACUACUAAACUCAGGAAGGAAAAUGUGUCAAAGUGUUUACGCAAGAUAUAACAGUGCUGCAAACAAAAGAUGAACUUCCAGUAUACAAUAAAACUACAUAGGUUCUUGGUUGCCAUAUUACCUUCGUUAAGAACAGUUUUAUUAUCUUUCAGUCAUUUUGGACAUUAGCUUUCAGUGAACAAUCACUGAAGAUGGAAACAGAAGAAAGAACCGCUGGUCAUAAAUCAUUCAUUGGUAAGAGUUACGCUGAUUAAAUACAUAGGGAGUUUGAGAGCAGUUCGGCUGUGUGUUAAUUACUAUUUGUUUUGGCUGUUUUACUUUUUAGUGCUGCUGAAUCUGAUUGCUUGGAUGGUUCUGAUAACAGCUGUGGGAUUAGGUAAACAGUAAUAAAAUGAUUGUUUUCUCAAAUCCACAAGUUCUUGGCUGUUCAGUUAAUUUAUAAUUUCAUAAGAUUCGUUUUUUUUUAUGCCUUUGGGUUAUAUUGAUUCAAACAAUAAACAUAAUUGUAGCAUUGUGUUUUUGAGUCUUAUAUUACCUGUGUUGUGAAAGUAUGCUCUUGUCCCAUGAUUUAUUUAGGAGCCAUUCAUUUCAAUGAAUGCCCCAUUCAGUCCUACAUUCCUAUAUAUCUGAUUAUUAUUGGUGGGUGUGGGCUCAUUUUAUUGAUGUUGGCCUACUGGAACAACACACUGCAUGAAGGAGUCUGGAAACAGAGAUGCAUUCUAUGUAUUCUAUGCAUCGUCGUUUUCAGCAUCAUCUGGUUUCUUACAGGAACAUUCUGGGUUUACUCCAUAUAUCCUCCAAGCUUCAAUUCCUCAGCUGUGGGACACUACUGUCAGAGGAGUCUUUACCUGUUUGCCUUUUGGUUCAAUAUCCUGUGCUUUUUGUGUGUGCUUGUUUUGAUUCCUUGCUGUAUUUGUUAUUUUUUGUACGAAUGUGUUAGAACUGCAUAUUCUCCAUAGGGUUUUAAGAUUCAAGAUUUUAUUUGUCACAUACACAAUUAUAUACAGUAUAUAACUAUAUAUAAGGGUGCCUUAAUAUACAGAUAAUAUAAUGGUUGGGUUAGCAUUUAAAUUGUGUAAUAUUUGUUCAAAGACUGAAAUAGAUACUUUUCUAACUUUUGUAUUCAUAUGACACAUCCACUACUUCCAUUUUGUUUUAUAUAUAAUUGUUUUCAUGUACUAUAAUAUUACAACUCUCCUGGCUGAGACACCGCCCUUUGGUCCAAUAGGCGCCCUUGACAAUGACGUAAUCCGUGUCCAGCCAAUGGCGAGUAGAAAUCGAGCAUCGCCCUUUAAGACACAAACACUGGAGUGUUGUUUUUAUGACGUUAAGCAGGGCUAUUUUAGGUAUUAAGUUCUCAUAUAUAACGCGUCCCUGCUCUUUUAGAAGCCAUGGCCGUUGCAGAACUGGUAGCAAAAUGCUUACAGGCACGAGACAUGGCUUACUGCCCCUACAGCCAGUUCCCAGUUGGUGCUGCUAUUUUGACAUCAGGAGGUGCCAUAAUCACAGGCUGCAAUGUAGAGAAUGCUUCUUAUGGCCUUACAGCGUGUGCAGAGCGAACAGCCAUACAGAGAGCUGUAGCUGAGGGCCACAGGAGUUUUACAGCUAUAGCAGUCACAUGUGAUAUUAAAGAUAGUUUUGUGGGACCCUGUGGGGCCUGUCGACAGGUGUUAAUGGAGUUUGGUACAGAAUGGGACGUUUACCUGACCAAGCCUGAUGGGUCCUAUAAGAAGACAAGUCUGAGAGAGCUGCUGCCUUUAGCAUUCAGCCCAGCUCACUUGGCAAAAGAGAGAAAUUAAAGCAAUAGCUUUUAAGGAAGGUCUGCUUUGUCCUUCUUACUCUGAAUUAGAGGUAUACAUCGUGACUGCUAAAAAGUGGCGGGAUCAGGUGGUUUUUAACUCCCAUGCAGGUGGGAGCAGGAGGUCAGAUCUGAACCUCGCAGGACAAAGAAAGUUCAGGGACCGUUCGGGAAGUGGCAGGUUGUUUGUGUGGCACUUUGUGAUACUUUUGUGUGACACAUUACUACAUUAAUUAAUUCAUCUCCAGGAAAUGCUUUAUUCUGGUAAAGGUCACUGUAGUUUAAAUGACAUUUAUUUAUAUUUUGGGGAAUAAACUAAGCUUAUUAGGAGACACUGUGGGCAGGUACAAAUGAAAAUAAGUGUGUAAAAAUAACUGUGGAAACAGAAAACAUUGAUCAGGCUUCCCGCAGGAGUGGGCAAGAUUGGGGAAAACAUUGUUGCACAAACAUUUACUCUUACUCAGCUUUUGCUCACUUACUCAAACAUAAAAUCAAAAACUUGCAUUUUAUGUAUUUAUUUUUUUUGGGGGGGGGGGUCCAUGUAGGGGGAUAUUUUAUAAUUUAUAGCCUCAAUUUAUACAGUUCUAAAACUUUUCAUGUCCUCAUGUAUUAUCAAGUUAGAGCUAUAUAAAUUAUCAUUUAGUAAUAACAAUCAACUUUUGAAAUCAGCCAAUAAACAAUUAACACCCAUGAAAGCUAGCCUUUGCUGGUACAUAAUCAGAAGACCAGUGUAGCUAAAGAUGCACCACAAGAGGGCGCAAUGAGAACAAGUGGAGCAGAAUUUAGUUAUUGUUAGAUAACCACUAAGCUAAAACCUUAAAAGAGCAUUUUUCAGCUAUUUCUCUUCCCUACCAAAUCAAAUAAAUAAAUAUUCAAAAUCUAUGUAGAGUAGGCAUGUGAGUGUUCAUCAUCUUUCAGAGAAACUUUUUUCCUUAAUUUGUGAAACUGAAUAGAAAGUGCUUAGUGUAGCGGAAGGAAAGUGUGGGCUUGAUCCAUAUGCCCCUGGUGCCCCUCAGGGCUGUUUGAAAUUCUCCUCUGCAAUACGGAGGGGACAACAUUCAGUUCUGUCACCCUGGAAAACACUCUGACAUUGUUCUCUGUGAGAGACAGAGUGGAAGAGAAGAGGGGAGGGUGGGGGGGUGGGUGGUUUAAAAGAGUGAGAGAGAAUGAACCAUAAAAACAGAAGUAAAAGGAAAAGACUACAAGCUAGACUUUGUUUCCAUGAGGUACUACUGAGAGUAAGAAAAUUAUACUCAUCUCCAAGCUAGAAAUGAACAGAACUGAAAAGCAGAUAAGAGAUGAGACAUGAAGAGAUAAAAAGGGAAAGACAAAAAGAGACAAUAAAACAGCUGACAAAGCAAUGUUCAUAUUGGUGUAAUAACACUGUGGAGCAUUUCAGUAAGGGGAGAGCAGCUGAAAGCAGGCAAUAAGAAGCAGUGAGAGUGCUUUUUUUCUGGCUUAAGCAAAUACAGGAUUCAGCAGGACCUAUUCAUCUCUUAUGUACACACAUACAGUUUGUUAACACUGUUUUAGUGGGACUGGCUUUGUUGUUUACACACAUUAUGUAUUUAAAUACAGUAUUGCUUAUGUACUACACACUUUUUUUUUUUUUUUUAAAUAAAUUGAGACAUGUAUCAUACAAGCAUGGUAUCAUGUUUUAUUUCACUAGUGGUACAAUAUAACUGUAUGGCCUGACCUACUACAGGUGUUAAAAUGAUCUUUUAAUUUCAUGACUUAACUUCUCAUAAACUGGAAAGUGUCAGCUUUUGCUUCCAGGUUCAAAAUUCUGUUACAUUAUUAAUAUUAAUAAUUUCUUUUUUCGGUUAUUUUAAAUAGUUACAAGACCAGAACAUGUGGUGUCCUGAGGGAACCAAGCCUGCAUGCAGAUGUAAAAUCCAGGGCCAUUCUCCAUUUUUUUUGUUUUAUGGACAAAUGAACAACAACAACAACAACAAAAAAGCCCUGAGAAGUAAGCACAGAACUCAAAUGGCAUUUAGCAACAUAGGGUGUGUAGCUUAUAUCAUCUACUUUUUGUACUUAUUUGAGCCUUUAACCUAUAUUGUUUGGAACACAGCAAUAAAAACAAUUUUGACAUUGCUAUUCCAUAUGAACUCCUAGCAAUAAAAUAGUAAAUUCCAGUGUAUAUAGAAAUGCACAGCCAUAAACACAAAUGAAAGCUGCUGGCUUCCUGUAUAUCCUGCAAGGAAAAUAUAGCCAUCCUGCAGCUUUGAGGUUUUUUAUAACAAUGACAUAAAACAUAAAAGGCAGAAAAACAAUCCUCUUGAAGGACCAAUCCAGUCCACUAUAGUUUUUAUUAUUUAUUUUUUCAUGCCUUUGAAGCUGGGCUUAAGACAGCAGGAUUAGGCAGGCUAUGGCGGGUCCUCUCUAACCCCUGUUGAAUAUCUCUGUAAAACCCUGCAUCCCCUGCUGUGCCAUGAGAAAAAAUAGACCAGGUUUCACAAUCUUCCUCUUUCCAUGCGGAAGGAGAACUGAGAAUGGGUGCAUAGGAAAAUUAAAAAAUAGUUUGAAGAAAAAUGCUUACGGGAAAUUCUAGGGCAAAGGUUGGUGCUGAGGGGGAUUAUGUGCUGGCGUGAGCAUAUUAAACAAAGAAUGUCAGAGAACCUGAUAAAUAGUUUGUAUCACAGCCACAUUCAUUCAUUUUACUUGGGCAGGUUGGUAGCUAAAGUGAGGAGUCUGUGAUGACUCAAGACAAGAAAACAUGAGAAUUUUAUGCUUGUUCUUUUUUAGAAACAGCUCAGUGUUAGGCCUACUGAGAAAUGACGGCUUAUGACUGUACUUUGACUCUUUUACAGUUGUUGAGGUCAUUGGGUAUGCAUGCACAGCUCUAUAUUAACAGAUAUCAUAAUGACAAAGGUUCUUCAGGGUAAACUACUAUACUUUGAACUUGAGUCACAAUCUCAAUUAAGUAAUAUUUUAUGACAGGUCAACAUAAUUGCGGUCUAUUUGAAUGAUUAGCUGAUUACCAGUACAGCUUUAUUCAAGGUACACUGUUGAUUCAUUCAAGUCCUACAAUGAGCCGGCUAAACGAACAGCUGAACAGGGUUCAUUUGUUGGGAUAAAUGGGAAUGAAUCGUUCUUAAUGAAGCAUAGACACAGUAACAUUAAUGCAGGAAUGCUUCCUGGAGUUGUCAGUGUAGUUUGUAGUACCUUUCUGAAUGUACAAUAUUUAAAUAGAUAUUUGCAAUGCUAAGUAAUGUUCAUUUAUUAAGUAGAUGUUAGAGUAAAUUCAUGACACAAAUUCAGACAUAUAUAGGGCAGUAGUAGCUCAGUGGUUAAGACAUUGGACAACUGAUCGGAAGGUUGUGAAUUCAAGUCCCAGCACUAUAAAGCGUCCACUGCUGGGCCCUUGAGCAAGACUCUUAACUCUCAACUGCUCAGUUGUAUAAAUAUAAGUCGCGCUGGAUAAGGGUCUCUGCCAAAUGGCGUAAAUGUAUAUAUAGGCAAAAAAAAAAAAAAGAACAACCACUGGUCAAAAAUAUCACAGACUUUAUUCAGAAAAAAAGGCAAAUGGGGCUCAAUGUAUCCAUCCAUCUAUUUCCUGUACUGUCUAUCCUACAUAGGGUCACGGGGAGCCUGCAGCCUAUCCAAGGCGUUAGGUAUACACAGUAACGCAUUACUGUAAUCUAAUUAUUUUUCUGAUAAUACAGUAACGUAACACAUUAUAUUUUAAAUGUAUCUCAUUUGAUUACAGUUACUGAUGUGAAUAAAAUUAUGUUAC